CUGUCUGCUUCACGCAGCAGACGAACACGAAGAGUAGUAGAAGUAUUGUGUUGUGACUGUUUAUGUAGAAGCAUAUGAGUGAUAUGUUCAUUUUUAUAGCAGAGCUCAACAGAUUGGAAGUUGCCUAGGAUUAUAGUUGACGAUGUGCUCUGUCUGAGCCAUUACUACAUUACAAAACUAUCAUCACAAGGGAUUCUUAGGAUUUGGAAUUAUGGAGAACCUGAUUAAACUGGUGGAAGACUUAAAAAUUGCUGUUGACGAGAAGAAAGGGGAUAAUGUUCCAAACCUGUUGGAUUCUGUUUUGACACAGAUUGAAUCCAAUGAUACAGGUGGGAAGGACUUGCCUGAGUUGGUGGGACAACUGGCAAACCUGCUGGAGUGGGACAAUGUGGGUGUGUUAGUUAAGACAGCGGCAGUAGUGGCAGCCCUGGCGAAGACUGAGAGUGGCCGCACUGCUUGCUGCUGCUCUCGUGUAACGUCUCCACUUCUGCGACUGAUGAUGUCACACAGUGACAUCCAGUUGCUGGUGCAGGUGUGCCGUGCUCUCGGCAACAUUUGCUACGAGAACACGGAUGGUAACAAACUGGUGGUAGAGGGGGAUGGGUUGGCGGCAGUGUUACGAGUGUUACAGCGAGCUGUCUCACAGUCAGAGGCACCACAUUCCACACAACUGCGAUCAUGUGCUGCUGGCUGCCUUCUCAAUUUGCUUAUGGGACAGGAUUACUUGUAUCCUAAGGCACUGGAGCUGGACAUCAUGGAGUUGCUCUACUCUGUGUUGGAACUGGGUGUGACCAAGGAGGGAGAGGAGGCAGCCGUCCACACGCUUGUCAUUUUGGGACUGCUUACUGAUGCUGCUCCUGGGACAUUGACUCUUAGUGAGAAACUAUGCAAUGUUACAGUGAAGACUCUAGAGACUUCAACUUCUGGGGAACUCAGUGAGUUGUGUGUUGAGCUUCUUCAUACACAGGCAGAGAAUGAGAGUGUGAGGCUACACCUAGCCAAGGCUGGACUCUGUGAGUUGCUGGUGGAGUUGCUGGAGAAACACAGACCUCUAGUGGAGGAUGAUGAAACAAGAAAUCUUCUCAAGAUGGCUUGUGACCUUAUCAUUAUCAUCCUUAAUGGCGAUGAAAGUAUGAAUCUCCUGUACGGGGACGGGAAGGGGAAGGUGUUCCAGGGCAUGGUGUCCUGGUUGACCUCCACAGAUGACGAUCUGCAAAUCACUGGUGUUCUUGCCAUGGGCAACUUUGCUCGGACAGAUAAACAUUGUUUACAAAUGGUGGAGCGAGGAGUGAGCAAAAAGCUCCUAUCACUGCUGGCUAAAAACAACACCUGUGCAGCUGAUAUCCGGUUGCAACACGCUCUGCUGAGUGCUCUCAGGAACCUGGUGAUUCCCACACAAAACAAGGGAAUCAUGUUGGCUGAGGGUCUGCUGGACGCAGUGUUGCCAAUGGUGUCAGUCCCAACCUUUCCUGUAGUCUUCAAGUUGCUAGGUACUAUCAGGAUGGUUAUUGAUGGUCAAGAGAGUGCAGCUGUGAGUGUGGGGCGUAAUGCUGACCUUAUCUCCCGACUUGUGGAGUGGUGUACUACUGAGGACCAUCCUGGAGUACAGGGAGAAGCUAACAGGCUGUUGGCUUGGCUAAUCAAAAACAGCAGGGAUAGAGAGGUGAUGGGAGUGAUGGUGCAGUGUAAGGCGGUGCCGCGGCUGGUCGCUAUGGUGACAGCCGAACAUGCAGUGAUGCAGACAGAGGCAUUGCUGGCACUGUCUCUGCUGACGGCCAUGCGUAUGUCAGAUGCUGAGCCAGCCUUGGUCGCUGCUGACGUCGGCAGUCAGAUUGUCACUCUCGUAUCAUCCAACACUGUUGAACGUGAAGUCUUCCAAAAUGUUCUGGCUCUGGUCGGAACCAUGUCAACUUCAGGUGAGAUGAGGUCACACCUGCAUGACACAGGUGUGGCCAAGGCACUGACAGCAGUAGUCAUCAGCAACGACAGCUAUGCAGACGUGCGGGACCAGGUAGCUCGACUCUCUUCUAUGAUUGACUCUGGCUGAGGGCUGUCACUGCUUUCUCCAUCGCCAGUUGUUGUUAUAGUCACAUUUCUGCUUGGACCCUUGAAGUCAGGAAUUGAUAUGUUAGCUCCUUAAAAGCCAUUUUCAUCAUGUCUGUAGGUUUAUCCUAUUUAAGAAUUUUGAAAUACGUGUUACUCUGUUAUUUCCUUCUGGUUUAUAUAGCAGAUAAUUAUAAAACCUGCGUACAAAGAGAAAUCAAAAUAAUCGUGCAAUAAGUGUUUCUAUUUUCGAUUUCAAAGUACAGACUUUUAUGUUAUGAGUGUUUAAUUAGAUAAUAGUAUGUGCUUCACAUAUGGAAUACUUACAGGGGAGCAAUCAACAAUAACAUUGAAUACUGAUUUUGUAUGAAACAAAAGCAAAGAAAAGAUUAGGUUCGUUGAAUUAUAUAUUUUUUAUAAUAUGGAAAUCGUUUUUACUAUAGCAAAAGUUUGGAUGUGUCUAAACAUUUCAAAUUUAAAAAAAAAGGAAAUAGUUAAGACAACAACUAAGCCAGUUGUUUAAUACAGAUUUUUAAACUGGAAAGAGAGUUUGCCAGAUUAAAUAUAAAUGGAGUACGCACAAUUCUGUCAACUACUGCUACUUGUUAAAAAGAAAAAGGUUUUAUAUAUAGUUAAAUGGUUUGGCACAAAAAGAUUUGCCAUUUGAUACUUUAGAAUUAUUAUUAAGGAUUUGAAAUUUCUUCUUGUUCCCUUAAGUGCGGUAAGUGUGUGUCUGUGGCUGAGAAGUGGAUAAGUGCUGACGACUUAUACAUAAUCCUUGUUUUCUGCUAAAACCGAAGAUUGUAUUACCCACGCCCCUACCAUAACCUCCCCUCCUACACUUAUCCCCCCACGAAAAAAAACUUGAAAAUAUAGUAUUUUAUAACUUUAGGACAAUUUUAUAAUUAUAUAAUGCCUCUUUAUAUGUUAAAAAAAUUGUAUGACUUUUGCGAGGACAUAUGCAACCAAAUAAUCCAGCCAGGGCAGAGCACACAUAUGAAAUAAGCUAGCACUUAAAAGGAUUAAGUUAUGUUUACAAUUUUGAUUUUUUAACAUACAAGUUUCCUUUAAAUUAUACUCUAAUUUAUGUGUA